AUGUCGCUCUACGCUCUCCCCAACGAGAUCAUUUCGCGUCUCCCCCUCUACAUCGACAACAUCGAGACAUUCACCAAUGCUGCCUCAUCAUGCCGUCUUUUACGCGACAAUUUUUCCAAAGCACGUCCAUCCACCAUUCUGCGCCUGGCUGAUGCCUCUGCGCCCACCUUCUUCUCUCCUCAUCCCCAUUUCCUCGUUGCCGCUACAGCCCGUCAGGCAAGUGACUGGGCACUGGGGAAUGCCGAACGCACUGCCCUUCUCAUGAAAUCAUUUACGGGUGGAAUCGACGGGCUGUAUCAGUUCUGUCUCGACCACGCCGGCCUCACCAUGGACGACAUCCGCCGUCUCCAUCUCUCCCGCUUCGACAUCAUCAACCCUCUCUCAGAUAAAAUCGACAAAAUGGCAGGCGAGCAGUGGUAUGCGAACGAGGACUUUUGGGAUGGUGGCGUCAGCGAGCCCAACACAUUAUACACAGACGCUAAUCGCGCAACGUUUCAAAUCCUCAUCUACGGGGAGCUGUUCGGCCGAGGAGUGGAAGCAAUCCUUUCGCCUCAACGUGGGCUACCAUUUUUCGACAUCGAUACACGCAUCGAGUAUAUCAAGUACUGUGUUCCUGAUUGGCUCUGCCAAAAGGGAUACCCGGGGUUUCCUGUUUUGCAAGAAGGCCCAUACACAUCAGAUAACUCCGCCGCGGACCAGCAUACGCUGUCGCAUAUUUUUCAGUGCAAGCGAUGGCGGAGAAUGUGGGCAGCUGCAUUCAAGAUGCUUUCAGGGAAUGAAGAAGACGAGCGUAUUUCGGAGUCAUUUUGGGGUGAAGAUUGGAGGGUAAAAGUGUACCGAGACGCGUUGCAGUGUCGUGGACUGGAGGGAAUGCGAUUGGUGACGAUGCCAGAGGAGCGGAUUCCAAAAGAGUGUCUGGAUGAAGCGCAGAGGAUUAGAGAGCAGAUUGCAAUGCUGAAGAAUCCCCCAGAGAGCAGGAUAGUCAGUGUCAGGAAGCACAUGGUGUCGUUGGCAGUGGAUCCAGGCCAGGAGGUGUAUAUCUGCCAGAUAGGAGGGCGUAUUCGGUUUCAAUGA